AUGUCCUCUGCCUCCUCUUCAACUACUACGCUCCCAGAGCAACGCCCAGAAGCCGAUCCACUACCCAGAAAGGUCGGCGAACUGGGAUAUAUCGCCCCAAUAUCGCCCAAAUCUCCAGAAAUGCAGCCAGAACCUACAGAUACGGCUGAUGGGCAGCCAACGAUGCCCGCUCGACACCCCGCGGACCACGACGGCGCUGCCUCAACCAGCACCCCAGCCGCUGGCGCAUCUGAAUCCCCAAAUGCGAAUCAGAAUACAAAUGGAAGUGGAAGCUCCGUUAAGAGCCGUUGGUCGCUUGGAGGAGUGUCGCCCUUGACGCUCUUCCGCAUCAUUCUGCUCACCCUCUUCCUUAUGGGCACAGUCGUUGCCUGGGUCAUUACUGUUACUCGCUUUGUGGGUAAAGAUUCGCUCAAUCUCGACGACGAUAAUUCCGCUGGAUCUGGCUCAAGCUCAGACGACGACGGCGAUAAAAAUAACAAUAAUGGUAGCAUGCCAGUAUUCACUUCAAUGGUGAUUGUGCAUGUCUCCUUUACGGUUGUUGUCCUUGUCGAGCUCCUCUUCCUCGAGCGCUCAGUCUACCACGCCCGUGCAGAACGAUACCUCUUCAAGCAUGGCAUGCCUCGAGGUGCGACGGGUGCAUCUGCAUUUAUUGGAAUUGCUCCGUGGAACAGGCCGCCCCUGCCCACCUAUGCCGCUGCUCUUGCGGAAAGUGGAGUGGGAACUGGCGAUGUCGAGGAUAAUUUGAUUGCUAUUGCACCACCUCCGGCGUACGGAAAUACCCGCGGCUCAGUGCUGCUCCUUUCCGGUCACUUGCGAGACAGUCUCGUCCGCACCUUGAGCAGAAUCUCGCAGGAAGGACAAUCGGAAGAUACUCACAGCGCCACCCCUCGCCAGAUGGAGGAAGGAGAGCGCAGCCGACCUAUCAGCUACGACGCAUCGGAGGAAGUCAACAAUGCCAGGCAGGCAAUGGAACUCGAAGCCGCGCUCUCAAGACUCGAGAAUACCACAGGGCGUACCGGAGCAUAA